CACGGCCAACAACACAGCUCUUGCAAAUCUUCCCGUCGAAGUUUCGAGUUGAAACAGUAUUUUCCCGCCAGCGUCACCGCCAACUUCAUCCGUUCGAGUUCAUUGUCGCAUCGUCUUCACCAUGAAGAAGAGAGAAUACCUUCUUCUCCCUCUGUGAAACUGGUAGGGGUAGGAGAUGGAAUCUCAGAAACGAAAUCUCAGAGUUCGAAAACCGCUCGCGGAUUGUACGAAUACCGUACUCUCUUCGCAAUCGUCGGCUUCGAACUUAUCUGCUGCAAUCAAACCUCGCAAACGUGUAGUUAAAUCCGCGGUUAAGGAUGUUCUUAACAAUGAGAAGGAAGGUGUAUCAAGUUUUGCGUCUGCAUCUACAUCCGUUAAUUUGCAAGCUUCGAACCCUAGUUCUGAGUUUCUUCCUACACAACCUAGCUCUAAUCUUCCUCCUGCGGAAUCAAACCCUAGUUCUGAUUCUCUUCCUACUGAACCUAGUUCCAGUAGUGUUCCUGCAGAAGUCUCUACUCCUUCCCGGCUUGUUGAUUUGCCGUCUAGUUCAGGAACAGAUCGUGUUCCGGAGCCCCAGUCAUUCUACAGUCGAAGGCACCCUGCGAAUAGAAGGAAGAGCACGGAGACAGCAGCUGCACCAUUUAUUUUUUCUACUGCAUCGAAAAUUCUAACUCGGGGUGAGAAAAGAGCUGCAGACAGUAGCCCAUCCAGAGCGAGGACUGUUCCUUAUAGAAAGAGGCAGCGUGGCGCCAUAUAUGGGGAAGAUGAAUCCAAGAUUGAGCUUCCACGGGAAUUUGUUGAGAAGCAGAAAGCAUACUUUUCAGAAGUAGAUGCAUUUGAACUGCUAGUGGAGGAAGCUAAAUCAUCCGAUUCAGAGUAGACUGGUAUAUAGUUUGGAGAAGCAUAGGCAAUGUAAUAAUUCUAGUAGUGUGUAUGGUGUGAAGCUGUAAAGUUCAUUAGACUCAUAGAAACGGCUUGGUCAACUCGUCAUUCAAUGCAGGUGCUGUUUUCUUCCCCAACUCCUUAGCAUAUGUUAGCUUUUUGCGAGUUUACGAUAUCUGAAUUGGACGAUCGAUUGAGUGUAUAUGCUUUAAUAAGUAUGAUAGGGUUGCUGGUCGC